CUUUAUUGGCCCCCCAAACACCACUUCCCUAAACAUUGGUUCCUCCUAUCCGUUCAGUGGAGAGACGGAAAAGGAGAAGGACAAAGAUUCAUGAACCUGAGCCGUUUCGUCAUUUCAGUUCGCUGCCUCUUGUCGAGCUCUUCUUGUUCCACACACACAUCACCGAGUUCCCACUGUCAAUGUCUCCGAGAUGUGUUUAUAACGAUCCCCCUCCGAGUCACUCGCUCGUGAGGCCGUCGGUGCUACAGCGAGACGUAGAAGGGGAGGCUUGGACGGCUCCACUUGAGAAUAACUGAAAAGAAAACCGAAAGCCGGUUUUACGGCGUUUCCUUUGUUGAAGUGAAACACAGAUUCUUCACAAACACUCCAGCUUCUUAAACAGGUCGAGCAUCAUCAUGUAACCACUUGUCAGUCUGCCUUUGACAAGGGACAGUCCCCACCUCCGGCUGCCAGUGUGACCUUGAGCAAGUCUAUUAGUCAGCCUGUGCACUACUUGUGAAGAUGUUGUACUGCUGUGUAAUUGUAUACAAUCCUUGCUGAGACCUACAUCUGGUUAUUAGCUUCUGGUGAACACCACCUGUUUCUUCUCCCUCCCUUCCCCUCCUCCCCAUCCCAUAAUGAGUGGCCAACGCGUGGAUGCCAAAGUGGUGAUGCUUGGAAAGGAGUAUGUCGGAAAAACCAGUCUGGUGGAAAGAUAUGUUCACAAUCGGUUUCUCGUUGGACCCUACCAAAACACUAUUGGAGCAGCUUUUGUUGCUAAACCCAUUCACGUAGGAGAAAAAGUUGUGACCCUUGGAAUCUGGGACACAGCUGGUUCAGAGCGAUAUGAAGCCAUGAGCCGCAUUUACUACAGAGGUGCCAAGGCAGCAAUUGUGUGCUAUGAUCUGACUGACAGCAGCAGCUUUCUGAGGGUUAAGUUCUGGGUGAAGGAACUGCAGAACUGUGAAGAGCACUGCAAAAUCUACCUGUGUGGCACCAAAAGUGACCUGGUGGAGGACGAUCGCAGCAUGAGGAAGGUGGAUUUCCAUGAUGUCCAGGACUAUGCUGAUGAAAUCAAAGCUCAACUGUUUGAAACUUCAAGCAAAACGGGCCACAAUGUCGACGAGCUGUUCCAGAAAGUGGCUGAAGAUUACGAUCAGCUUUACUCCUUCCAUCAGAUGACAGAAGAAAAAGGUGUUGACCUGUGUCAGAAGAAGAACUCCACUUUUUAUGCCUGCUGUCAUCACUGAUCCCCCAUUAGAACCCCUACUGGAAAUAGAGACCCCCAAACUGGGCCACAUUGACUGCUGUUCUCGUUGUUGGGUGACGUCCCUUUUUUUUUUUUUUUUUUUUAACUACUGAAUGCCCGCCAUCCUUGGAAUGAUUUUUUUUUUCUUUUUCUCAAAAACCACAAAUAAAAUAAAAAGAAAACAAGAGCCCGACUGAGCCAGUAGCCUGUCAGAGGCUGCCUUGAACAGAAGGACACGUUUGUGAAGUAUGCUGGUCAGCACACGGGUAACAGCCUGGUUAUUUUUUAAAAUUACAUUUUAUUUUCUUUUGUCUUCAUCUUUUUUUUAAGUAGAAAUCAAAUGAUAUUUUAUCGUAUUUAGAAGACCGAGUCUGAGCAACACGAAUGACGGCACCCGGCACACUCUGCUCUCUAGUGGACGACAUCUGAACAGCUCUAGUUUGGUUUGAUGUUUUCGCUGUGCAGAGCGAGUGGCUACUUAAUGAAGAGCGAUGGAGGAGCUCUUCUGGAGGCCCACUUUGCAUUUUAUACGUUAGGCUGUUCAUUUUGAGAAGUAAAGCACAAACACGAGUCCACGCUGAAUGCUCUAUUUUGGUUUCUUGGUUUACAUUUCCCAUGGGGCCCGCUCACAAUCGGUGCCCACCAUACUGUCUACCCUUUCUUGAAAGCUGGAUUGUCGUGGCGGGCGGCUGGCUGGUUAGACGGCCUUACGUGGACCAACACGGGGACACAACGUGUCAUUGACUUUCUGACGACUUUGUUUCAACAGACUGACCUCCAACUCGCUGAGCUGACAUCACAUGUGCUUAUUGUUGGUGACAAUUCAUUGGUGAUCUCCGCACUGUUUAUUAGGGGGCGCCACUCUGAGGACGACAUAGAACUGCACAAAGAGUGGGCGAAACAAAGGCCCCUCCAUGAAGUUUACACUUUUAUUACAAGGAGUGGUGUGCUGAGCGACUGAUUAUGUGCCUCAUGGAAAUCCACCUGCUUUUUCUAGCUUUGUUUUAUUUAUUUAUUAAUAUUUUGGUAGGGUUUGUUUAAACAAAGAAGUGCAGUUAAUGAAGAAAAUAAAUCUGCCAAAUCUAUUUGUAUUGUUUCACUUUGGAAGAAUAAAAUUGCAUUACAACCAAGAA